AUGCAGCUUCUUGUCAACGCGUUCUCUCAGGCGUGGGGCGUAAUGGAGACGCACAAACUUCAGUCGUCGACACAGAAAAAGAAUGAGUUCGACUCGUGUUUACUGCUACUGAGCGUCAUGGUGAACAGCAUUGAGCUCAGCGAGGAAAACCGUGACACACUGGCUGCCUCGAGUUGUGGCGGUGGUGCUAUGCCGGCUCAAGCUGGCUGUGACCUGUUUGCUCAGUUUUUCACCGAGUCAUACCAGCACCUUAUCGAUAGGCCUGAAGCUCUGGGUACAAGCGGGGCAUUUUCAGGCGAGGACAGCGACGACUGGAGUCCGGAGGACGUCAUUCUGGGUGGUUGCACGUCGCUUGUACUUGGCUAUUUGAUGAGAGGCUCUGCCGCUAACAGCACAGCCGUGCUCAGGGCAAUGCCGGACGGGUCACCUCGACUGCUCCUCCGUGCGCUUGCUGUAUUUGCAGCUUUCCACUCGCAGAUUGGUGCGCUGACGCCUGAGGUCGCCAAGUCCGUUCUAUUGAUUGAGAAAGUGCUCAAGGCAAGUGGACUCGGUGGAAUCGCAAUGGAGUGGCGUGUCGACGCCUUCUCUAAGAACUCAAGCAAUGAAGAAUCUAUGCUCGAAUCUCGACGACUCUGA